AUGACAAUUACUAACAACACUUUAUACUGCUUCGUCCUGGUCGGGUUUACGUGCGUGUGCAUAACUCUGACUUCCCUAUUUACGAACUUUCGAAACGGGGACCUUACGUACACGGCAUGGGUGCCAUUCAAUUACUCGUCUCCCGUGUUAUUCUACCUGACGUAUGCUCAUCAAUUGACGAGUUUAACAAUGAGCGGCCUGACCAACGUCGCUUGCGACUGUUUCAUCUGCGGACUCCUGCUGCACAUUUGCUGUCAGAUCGAGAUAUUGGAAUACCGGCUGAACAACAGGUCACAUACUCGAAAGACCUUGCGCGAUUGCGUACGUCACCACGACCUUAUAUUUGACUUUGCCUCUGUCGUAAACGAGAGAUUUGCAAAGAUAAUUGCUGUACAAUUCAUAACCAGCACGCUAGUGAUAUGUUCCAAUUUAUAUCAACUGGCCCAGACAGCCUUGAGCGCAGAAUAUCUUCCACUAGUAUUAUAUACAGUCUGCAUGCUGACAGAAAUUUUCAUCUACUGUUGGUUUGGAAAUGAAGUCAAAUUAAAGAGUCUUCAACUGACCGAUCGUAUUUUUGAAAUAAAUUGGCCAAAACUGAACAAUACCUUCAAGAAAACUCUUGUAAUGAUUAUGAAUCGAGCAAUGAUACCCAUCGAGUUUACCAGUGCCUAUAUCUUUUCUAUGAAUCUCGAAUCGUUUGUAGGGUUACUUAAAACGUCGUAUUCUGCAUACACAUUGUUGCAACGGGUAUAAAAUCAACAUAAAGAAAAUUAUUGCCUAAGGGAGGAACAAAUGCAAGCUAUGAAAUUAACAUGUGCAAUUGUUAUGGUCGCUGGAUGUUUUCGACCGCAAUCGUGGACAUCUUCGUUUAAACGAACAGUUUACAAUAUCUACAGAUUAUACGUAAUUAGCAUGCUAUUUCUUUUCUCACUGUUACAAUUUUUGGACAUUGUUCUAAACGCUAAUAAUGCUGAUGAAAUUACUGACACUUUGAAUAUGCUGUUAACAUCAUCUGCUGCAUGCUAUAAAAUAUUGAUCAUGUGGUUCAAUUAUGACAAAGUUUCAACUUUAAUUAAUUAUCUUACGGAAGAACCGUUCAAACCCUUGGAUUCGGGUGAAAUAGAAAUUCGACAGCAAUUUGAUCGACUAAUACGAAAUAAUACGUUACGUUACAUAGCCUUGAUCGAAUCGACAUGCUCGUUCAUCGCUGUGUCAUCAUUGUUCACUGAUUUUAAACAUAGGAAAUUGACAUACAGAGAAUGGGUGCCUUAUAAUUAUUCGUCUUUCUUAGCGUUUUGUUUUACAUACGCCCAACAAAUGUCCACUACUUUUCACACUGCUACCGUGAACGUCGCUUGCGAUACUCUUAUAUGCGGGUUUUUAAUGCAUGUGUGUUGCCAGAUCGCAAUUUUAGAAUAUCGCUUGCAGAAACUCGUGAGAAAUCAAAUUAGUUUGAGCUACUGCGUGCGCCAUCACAACUGGAUUUAUGAGUUUGCGCGAUUGGUGAAUACAAGGUUUACACAUAUAAUCGGAUUUCAGUUUACGGCAAGCAUGAUGGUAAUUUGCUCUAAUUUGUAUCAACUGACCAAGUCGCCUUUAAACGCUGAUAGUGUUCAAUUAAUUAUGUACACAUGUUGCAUGUUGACGCAGAUAUUUAUCUAUUGCUGGUUUGGAAACAAAGUGAAAAUAAAGAGUACUGAAUUCGCGGAUAAAAUUUUUCAAAUAGAUUGGCCAAUCUUGAAUAAUAAUGUUAAAAAAGACCUGUUGUUAGUAAUGAAACGUUCAACAGUACCCAUCGAAAUGUCUACCAUACAUAUCAUCACCUUGAAUUUGGAAUCUUUCGUAGUGUUGCUUAAAACAUCGUAUUCCGCUUGUAACUUAUUAGUACAAGCAUAA